CUGCUCCUUCCGCCUUCCCGGCGGGCCCUGCGCGGCGCCUGCGCGGCUCGUGACCUUUCCUGGCGGACGGCUGUGGGGUCUGGCGGGGUCUGAGCCCUCGGUCCCGUCGAGAUGCUUCAAAGCUUUUUGAAAAAUGUCUGGAUCCCCCUGAAACCCUACUACACCCAGGUUUACCAGGAGAUCUGGGUAGGGAUGGGGUUGAUGGGCUUCAUCGUGUAUAAGAUCAGGAGUGCUGAUAAAAGAAGUAAGGCUUUAAAAGGUUCCGCCCCUGCGCCUUCUCACGGCCAUCAUUAGCUCCUCUGCACGAUGGGAAACGCCGGUCUGCCUGCACAUUUGAGCAAGCUUGGUUAGCUGGGAACACGGAACACCGCUGUACAUAUCCUUGUAGGGGCACCACUUCUUCUGUGGCAUGAAUAAAAUGUGUCUGUGAGAUGCA